AUGCGUUCCAAGUUCAAGGACGAGCACCCCUUCGAGAAGCGCAAGGCUGAGGCCGAGCGUAUCCGCCAGAAGUAUGCCGACAGGAUCCCUGUGAUCUGCGAAAAGGUCGAGAAGUCGGAUAUCGCUACCAUCGACAAGAAGAAGUACCUCGUCCCAGCCGAUCUCACCGUGGGCCAGUUCGUCUACGUGAUCCGCAAGCGCAUCAAGCUCUCCCCCGAGAAGGCCAUCUUCAUCUUCGUCGAUGAGGUCCUGCCACCCACUGCUGCGCUCAUGAGCAGCAUCUACGAAGAGCACAAGGACGAGGAUGGUUUCUUGUACAUCACAUACUCCGGCGAGAACACCUUUGGCGACCUGUAA